UGGAUACUGUAGCGUCAUCGACAGCGGAUGCACGUUCCCUAUAAAUCAUAUAUUUUGGGAUCAUCAAGCAUCAGAACACACACGCCUUUUGCAGGAUAUUGCAAAUCGAGAGGAUGAUUAUUCGUCAUUUUCAAGGCACGGAACAAAGGCGAUGGGUGCGACGCUGGUGCUUGGCUUUGCUGUCGCUUACUUCAUGGAAUGCGGUUUCUGCACAGCUUCGAUAUUCCAUAUCCGAGGAGGUCCAGGAGGGGACCGUUGUCGGUAAUGUGGCGAAGGAUUUGGGGCUGGAUAAGAGCUUGCUUAAAGGGCGCGGAUACCGCAUCGUGGCCGGCGGCGCGGAGCCCAUUUUGGAGGUGAACCAGGAGGACGGCGUCUUGUUUGUGGCGCGCAGGGUGGACCGGGAGGAGGUGUGUGAACGCGUCAGCCCCUGUGUGAUCAAGUUCAAAUCCGUGCUGGAAAACCCACUGGAGGUGCAUUACGUGACUGUGGAAAUAUUAGACAUCAACGACCACUCGCCUGUUUUCCCAGAAAAGGAACAAAGGCUUGAAAUAUCCGAGUCCGCACUGCCGGGUGCGCGCUUCCAGCUGCAGGCGGCGCGGGACCCCGACGUGGGCCAGCUCUCCAUCCAGCAAUAUCAACUCAGUCAUAAUGAACAUUUUCGCAUCGACGUGAAGGAUCGAGGGGAGGAUCGGAAAGUGCCGUUUUUGGUGCUGCUCAAGCAGUUGGACCGAGAGGCGGGCGGGAGACACCGGCUCCGCCUCACGGCGACAGACGGGGGGAAGCCGGCUAAAUCAGGAUCCAUAGAAAUAACCCUGGAUGUCCUCGACGUGAAUGAUAAUUCUCCAGUGUUUGACAAGGAGGUUUAUUCCGUCUCUCUGAACGAAAACGUGGCCGUGGGCACUUUUGUUAUCCAGGUGAACGCCACGGAUUUGGACCUAGGUGCGAAUGGUGAAAUAGUGUAUUCUUUCGGUAAGGAGGUUGAUUUAAUAGCGAAAGAUAUGUUCAGUAUAGACCCACAUACAGGUGAAAUUCACGUGACAGGCCACGUUGAUUUUGAAAAAAGUAAAACCUAUGAAAUUGAUAUACAAGCUUCAGAUAAGGGACAAGUACCUCUGACAGCAGACAAGAGUGUUAUUAUAAAUAUUAUUGAUGUUAAUGAUAACGCCCCUGAGAUAGAAGUGACCUCGUUUUCUAACUCCAUUAAGGAGGAUGCAAAGGUAGGAACCACCGUGGCCCUAAUUAGUGUCAGUGACUUAGACUCUGGAAUAAACGGUAAAGUACUUUGUGACAUUAAACAAGAAGUUCCUUUUACUUUAUCGCCAUCUUUACAAGAGAACAUGUACGCCGUCGUCACAAAGUCACACCUGGAUAGGGAACAUGUUUCUCAGUAUGAGGUCACCAUUGUUGCUAAGGACACAAACGAGCCAGUGUUUUCGACAGAAAAGACAAUUACUGUUGUUGUGUCGGAUGUUAAUGAUAAUCGUCCAGAGUUUUCAACAAGCCCGUAUACAUUUUAUAUCACCGAGAACAACUCUCCUGGAGGCUCUGUGUUUUCUCUAAAAGCGUCUGAUCAGGACGCAGGUGACAAUGCUCUCAUUACUUAUCAUAUUGUCAGAGAGGCAAAUUUAAACAAUAUUUUUUUAUCGUUUAUAAAUAUUAACCCGGAAACCGGAGAAGUCAUAGCACUAAAAAGUUUCGACUUUGAGACGCUGAAAAGUUUCCAGUUCCAAGUCGUGGCCACGGACGGUGGAAGUCCUCCACUGAGCAGCAACGUGACAGUGAAGGUGUUCAUUCUGGAUCAGAACGACAACGCUCCAGUCAUCCUGUAUCCAGUCAGCUCCAACGGUUCUGCUGAAGGUGUGGAGGAGAUUCCCCGCAAUAUGAAAGCAGGAGACUUGGUGACUAAAGUCCGAGCCUAUGAUGCUGAUAUAGGAUAUAACGGCUGGUUACUGUUUUCACUGCAGCAAGUCACUGCCCACAGUCUCUUUACUUUGGACCGCUAUACGGGCCAGAUCAGAACACUUCGCUCCUUCACAGAGACGGACGAGGCUGAGCAUGGACUGCUCAUACUGGUCAAAGACAACGGCAACGUUUCCCUGUCAGCAACAGCUACUGUGACUGUCAAACUUGUGGAGCCCAAAGAGGCUUUUGCAGCUUCUGAUGUCAAACGUGCAGCAGCAAAAGUGGAGGAGGAGGACCACAAUGUGACUUUUUACCUCAUCAUCACUUUGGGCUCGGUCUCGCUGCUUUUUGUCAUCAGCAUCAUCGUGCUGAUCGCCAUGCAGUGCUCCAAAUCCACAGAGUACACUUCCAAAUAUCUCCAAGACGCUAAUUAUGAUGGGACACUGUGUCACAGCAUCCAGUACAGAUCAGGAGACAAACGCUACAUGCUAGUUGGACCCAGAAUGAGUAUAGGUUCUACUAUAGUCCCGGGCAGCCACGCCAACACUCUGGUGCUCCCUGACAGGAGACACACUUCUUCUGGGGAGGUAAGACACACAUUUUGUGUAUUUUGUAUAACGUCAUUAAAUAAUUCACCCAUAUCAUAACAUGACAUAUUUGGUGAUCUUUAAUAUCAGCUUGAAUUGUAUGCUUUUAUUGGAACUCAGUGUUUUUUAUGUCCUUGACACUGCUUGUGCAUUGCACUUAUAUAUUUUGAA